CCUGGUGGCAUGGAAGGUGCAAUUGACCGUUUGGUUAACAUAUACAAAAAUGUGGUUCACAAAACUGGGGGUUACCUUACAGAAAGUGGUUAUGUCAAUCUGCAAAGAGUACAGAUGAUCAUGUUAGCAGUUGGUGAAGUUGAGGAUAGCAUUUUUAAAAAGAGAAAGGAUGAUGAGGACAGUUUUAGAAGACGACAGAAAGAAAAGAGAAAGAGAAUGAAGAGAGAUCAACCAGCUUUCACUCCUGGUGGAAUAUUAACCCCUCAUGCCUCGGGUUCAAGAAAUUCACCAGGUUCUCAAGUAGCCAGUAAUCCGAGACAAGCAGCCUAUGAAAUGAGGAUGCAGAAUAAUUCUAGUCCUUCAGUAUCUCCUAAUACGAGUUUCACUUCUGAUGGCCCGUCUCUGAUAGGAGGAAUUAAGCGAAAAGCAGAAGACAGUGACAGUGAACCUGAACCAGAGGAUAACGUCAGGCUUUGGGAAGCUGGUUGGAAGCAGCGGUACUACAAGAACAAAUUUGACGUUGAUGCAGCUGAUGACAAAUUCCGUCUUAAAGUUGUACAGUCUUACGUUGAAGGGCUCUGCUGGGUUCUUCGAUAUUAUUACCAGGGCUGUGCUUCCUGGAAGUGGUAUUAUCCAUUUCAUUAUGCACCAUUUGCUUCAGACUUGGAAGGUAUUGCAGACAUGCCUUCUGAUUUUGAGAAGGGUACUAAACCGUUUAAACCACUGGAACAACUUAUGGGAGUUUUUCCAGCUGCAAGUGGUAACUUCCUACCUCCAUCAUGGCGGAAGCUCAUGAGUGAUCCUGUGAGUGUCUUAGUUUUUGAGUGUGUUGAUAACUGGAUUUUUGUCGUACAUUUUGCUAGCACU